AUGCUCGCUGUUCGGGCAGUUGGACUACGACCCGCUAUAAGGGCGUCUGGGAUCUCUGUCAUGGCUCUAAGGGCGACGAGCCGUGGAGUGAAAACAGAGUCGAUCACGACGACAGACCAGCGUUCAAUCCUGGAUAAACAGCGUUUGAACAGACCUUCGAGUCCUCAUAUGACCAUUUACGAGCCACAAAUCACCUGGUACGGCAGUAUUGCGCACAGAAUAACCGGUGUUGGUCUCAGCGUGGGAAUGUAUGCAUUCUUCCUGUCAUAUCUUGCUGCUCCAGUCGCUGGCAUUCCUUUCGACUCGAGCGCCGUCGUUGAAUUGGUCCACGGUCUUCCCGAAUGGGCCAAGGUUGCUGGAAAGACUGUUUUUGCGUUCCCAUUUGCCUAUCACUCGCUGAAUGGAGUGCGCCAUCUGACUUGGGACUCUACUAAACUCUUGAGCAAUGCGGCUGUAACCCGGUCAGGAUAUGCAGUGAUCGCUGGUGCCAUUAUCAGUACAGCAGCGCUCGUGAUGAUGUAA